CUACCCAAUACAAACCAACACUCUCUCCCACAGAACUAAAACACAAAAACACACAUAUGAUGGCUUCUCUUCAGACAAACCAAGAAAUAGUGACUGCAUUAGAAAUGGAAACCAUCAAUAACAGAAGAGGAGGUGUCACUGAUGGUGUUUCCUUGACAUGGGAAGAUCUGUGGGUGACUGUUUCAUGCGGGAAAAAAAGCAGUAAGGCAAUCCUUCAAGGGGUAACUGGCUGUGCUCAGCCUGGACAGUUAUUGGCUAUAAUGGGUCCUUCUGGUUGUGGCAAGUCUACUCUUCUUGAUGCAUUAGCAGGAAGACUAAGUUCAAGUACAAAACAAACAGGAGAUAUUCUAAUCAACGGUCAUAAAGAAAGGCUGGCUUAUGGCACAUCAGCAUAUGUAACUCAAGAUGACACCUUGAUCACAACAUUAACUGUAAAAGAAGCUGUUUACUACUCAGCUCAGCUUCAAUUGCCAGACUCAAUGUCAAAGAAAGAAAAGAAAGAAAGAGCAGAAAGGACAAUAAGAGAAAUGGGUUUACAAGAUUCAGUCAACACAAGAAUUGGAGGUUGGGGAGCUAAAGGCCUAAGUGGUGGACAAAAGAGGAGAGUUAGCAUUUGCAUUGAGAUUUUAACACACCCUAAACUUCUCUUUCUUGAUGAGCCCACAAGUGGCCUUGACAGUGCAGCUUCUUAUUAUGUUAUGAGCAGAAUUGCUACUUUGGAGCAAAAAGAUGGGAUUAGAAGAACUAUAAUUGCAUCUAUUCAUCAACCUAGUACUGAAGUGUUUGAACUUUUUAAUACUCUUUGUCUCCUUUCUUCUGGUAAAGUUGUCUAUUUUGGCCCUGCUUCUGCUGCUAAUCAGUUCUUUGCUUUGAAUGGGUUCCCUUGCCCUACUCUACGCAACCCUUCCGAUCAUUUCUUGAAAACCAUAAACAAAGAUUUUGAAAAGGAUCCUGAAGAAGGUUUAGGAGGUGCAAUGACCACAGAGGAAGCAAUCACUAUUCUUACAAAGUCAUACAAAUCAUCCAACAAUUGUCAAGAAGUUCGAAGGCAAGUAGCCGAAAUAUGUAAACAUAAACAAGAUUUUGGAGCAUUGGAAAAGAAAAGACAGCGUGCUAGCUUCUUCAUUCAAUGUGUCGUUCUUACAAAAAGAUCAUCUAUAAACAUGUUUCGUGAUCUGGGUUAUUACUGGCUGCGUCUUGCUAUUUAUAUUGCCCUAGCUAUUGGCCUUGCCACUCUUUUUUCUCACCUUGGAUUUAGUUAUAACUCCAUUAAGGAUAGAUGCUCAUUGUUGGCGUUUAUAGCUUCUUUCUUAACGUUCAUGACCAUUGGUGGAUUCCCUUCUUUUGUGGAGGACAUGAAGGUAUUUCAAAGGGAAACGUUAAAUGGGCAUUAUGGAACCAUUGCAUUUGUAGUUGGCAACACUUUUUCUGGAAUACCAUAUUUGGUACUAAUAUCACUAAUUCCAGGAGCAGUAACUUAUUAUCUUCCUGGACUACAAAGGGGAAUUGAACACUUCAUAUUCUUCAUUUUAGCAAUAUUAGCAUGUCUGAUGCUAGUUGAAAGCUUAAUGAUGAUUGUGGCAGGUCUUGUGCCCAAUUUUCUAAUGGGUAUAAUAACUGGAGCAGGGCUUCAAGGACUAAUGAUGUUAGCUGGUGGGUUUUUCAGGUUACCUAAUGACCUUCCAAUACCAUUUUGGAAAUACCCAAUGUAUUAUAUUGCUUUCCAUAGAUAUGCAUACCAAGGUUUGUUUAAAAAUGAAUUUGAAGGGCUAAAAUUUGCAAAUUAUAUAUCAGGAGGGCCAAAGAUGAUAAGUGGUGAAGAGAUUUUGAGAGAUGAUUGGCAAGUGGAAUUGAGUUAUUCUAAAUGGGUUGAUCUUGCCAUUUUGUUUGGAAUGGUUGUUUUAUAUAGGGUUUUGUUUUUGGUUAUUAUAAAGAUUAAGGAGAAGGUUAAGCCUUUGAUUAGUGAUUUUAUGUCAGUGCCUCCUAAGCAAACAAUACAAGUUAUGGAGAAUCCUAUGGCUACACCUUUACAUGUGGAGAUUUUGUAGAAUUAGCAUAUGAGUUUUAUUACUAUGUAAUUGUAAUUGUACAAGGUACAAUGUACGAGGAUGAAUUUUGUUUGCUUCUUGUGUCUUUUUUCAAUGUCAUAAUAUGUUUAUAAAGUUUCUAAACUUCAAUUUUA